CUUAAAUCAAAAGAAGCUAAUUGGAGAUUUAAUGAUCGUGAGAGGUGGAUCAGACAUUCGACGAGAAAGGCAAUCCGGAAUAGAAUGGAAAGGAAAGGAUUAAAAUUGGAUAAAGAAUCUGAUUCACAGAGAAUCCGCUUCAAUUUGAACGUGUUGAAGAAGAAUAAUCCGGUCAGGUACAGUCGAGAACUUCGCACUGCCAGUGUAUGGAAAUACAAUAAAUCCGCUCCACUCCGUCAAAGCAAGGUGAUCAAGAAAUUUGAUCAAAUCCAGCCAGAGCCAACAAUUGAAGAAAUGGAAGAUACACAUUUGGAACAUAGAUUGCAUUUGUGCAAUUUGCGACGAGAAAAGUAUAAGCGAAAACAAAUACGACAGAAGAAUGCAAGAGAUGAGCAUAUCUGACCCUGACUCCUAAUGAUGAUGAUGAUGAUGAUGGUAGUCCGCGUGUGUGUAUGUGUAUUUGCGGAGUUAAUUUAGACUUUUUGGUUUCAACGAUUACGCGUAUGAAUUCAAUCCGAGGCACUUUACCUGUCAAAUUUGAUCGCGGAGUGUCGGCCUUCU